GGAGCUGACCGCGGUGCUGAAACACACUCACUGCGAAGAGACAGACAGAGGCACAGAGAGAUGCUCACAUCACUCAAGACGCACGGAACAAACUAGUUACAAAGGCGUCACCAUGCCGUCACUCCCCAAGACCUCCACAACAAGCAAACCUUUCCUCCUCUGUUUUGCCAACCCCAUCCUCCUCUUCCUCCUUGCCCUCUUCUUCAGCUCCCCUCGAGUUCAAGGGGCUUCGCUUAGAGAGCACAGACUGCGGGGAAGUGAACCCGACUCCCCUAGAGGUGGAAAUGUCCACCUGGCUCCUAACGAGGACAUGCUCAAAGCCUUGGAGUACAUCGAAAACCUCCGUCAGAGAACCAGCACAGACUCCCAUCACCCCCCGGGUUACAGUGACAACGAGAAGAUGCGAGCCAUGCUGAGACUCGCCUCAAACCCUGUUCAAAGCAAGGAGCAGGGAGAUGAAGAAGAAGAGGAAGAGGGGAGGGAGGAUAAAAGUGAGGAGUUGCUUCAGGCUGUGCUCAGCACCCUCGAACAGUCAGAAAAGGCCUCCUCCAAACCACCUUCACUUCGUCCUGAUGGAGCAGCUACGGGCAUGAAGGAUGGUGUGUACCCCAGGAUGCAACUGAAGCAACAUGGCAUAACUCCUCACAAGAAGCUACCGUUAAUGUUUGAAGAUGAGGAAGAGGGUGAGGGAGACGAGGAGGAAGAUGCAGAUGCAGAGCAUGAGAACCCCUUCAAACGUACCAAUGAGAACGUGGAGGAGAAAUACACCCCUCAGAACCUGGCCACUCUGCAGUCGGUGUUUGAGGAACUGGGUAAGCUCACUGGAGUCAAGACCAACCAGAAACGACAAGAUGAAACUGAGGAAGAUGAGGAGGAAGAUGAUGAUAUAUUUAAUGUGAGGAAUGUCGCAUAUGAGGACGGGGAUCUCUUAGACUGGGGGCUACCACAAGAACAGGAGGAUGAGGAUGAAGAGGAAGUAGAGAGGGACAACAGACAUGAAAUUGAACGAGGCCUGGAUUAUUUUGAUGAUGACAAUGAAGAAAAUGAAGAGGAAGCUAAUGACGAAAGCUACCCAGUUAAGAGGUCAAAUGAGCCAAAUGAUGCUGCCAAUCUGGUGGACUAUUACCUCCUGAAAGUCCUGGAGAAAACUGAAGAGGAGGAGCAGAAGCGAGAGAUAGAGGAGGAAGAGGAGAGGGCUGAAAGGAGAGCGGCUCAGUAUAAAGAUAACAUUGACCCACGGGUUAUUUAUCAGCUCAUUCAGAUCUCCCAGAAGUACCAAAUUCCGCCAGAAGACCUCAUUGACAUGCUCAAGACGGGAGAGAACACAAGUCAAGACAAGCUACGAAAGAGUAAUGCAUUAGCAAGACCCGAAAACAAACUCUUUCAGACAUCCCCAAAGAAGAUGUACAAGACUCCUGAGGCGAAGUUCUACAGCAGACGCCUACCUGAGAGACAACGCACACCAGAGGAGCUGAGGACACAAGAGAUCCUGAACAUCCUUGGUUUAGGAGGCGUGGAGAACAACAACCAGGCUCCCCUCAGGAAGCAGAAGCAGCACAAAAGCUCACUGUCACGACUUUACACUCAGCCUACGUGGCGUUCAGGGGAAUCCGCUCCCACGCAGCGGCGCCUUCCCACCAAGUUAAAGGACGACUAUGAUGACACCGUGGAUGAGGACGAACUGGCAGCGUAUCUGGCCGCUCGAAUGUUGGCACAAUACCCUGAGCCUGUGUACAAAAGUAACAACAACAAGGCGAGCCAAAAGCGGGAUGAGGGCACCCAAACCAUGACUGGGUCUUUUGAACAGGCGAUACAGGAUUAUUUUGAUCAAAUGGACUCGGAUAAAACCCAGAAGAGACAGACAGAGGAUGACGAGAGGGGCGGGGCCGAGCAGAUGCAAAGCACUGACGAUGAGGCAGUGAUGAAAUUACUGAGCUACAUGACCCCAGAAACUGAAGAAAGUGAUACUGAUGCCAAAACUGCCCAGUGAAUCCAAAUAUCCAUAUACAUACAUAUACAGUAUAAUGUUUUGCUGGAGGGCGAAAGUGAAAAUAAAGUAUUUUGAAAAAUAAAACAUCCAGUUAAUCUUAGUUUAGUAUGUUUACAAAUGGUCUUAUUUAUUAGAGCAGAAAUAAGAGAGUUUGGACAUUAAUUUGAUGCUUUUUUUAAUGACUUUGUUGCUGAACAACACUUAAAAACAGGCCACCAGUACAUGUGACUCACCAGCCUUACAAUGCACACACAACCAGAUCAGUGUUGAAUCCCUUAGAUUCACUUGUGUUUUUUGGUAAUUAUUUCUUAAAUGUGGUCAUAAAUGUGACAUACCUGAGGUUAAUAAAGCAUUGACUUUA